UUUGAGGGAACCGGACAUACACUCAAAGUGACGCUCGGAUAGUGACUUUUAUCUGCGCAGUGCAAGCUUUCUUUUCUUUCCCACAAGAACUGGCGCUUUUAUCUCAAAUGAAGCAUCCUUUAAUUGUGUUAUUAUACGUGAUAUAGGCUCAGCUACAGCUUGCUUUCGCCAUGAGCUGCUUGGAUGUAAUGUAUCAAGUGUACCCUCCACCUCAGUCGUACUUCGCCGCAACUUACAGCCCGUAUCAUCAGAAAUUGGCAUUUUAUUCAAAAAUGCAAGAAGCGCAAGAAACUAUCAGCGCAGGCAGUUCGUUCUCCAACCUGUCCGCGCCAACAAUAAAGGAAGAAGACUGUGCGCGGGAGAAAGACCAUCCGCCCGAGGCCGAAUACAUCAACUCGAGAUGUGUUCUCUUCACCUACUUUCAGGGAGACAUCAGUUCGGUAGUGGACGAACAUUUCAGUCGGGCUCUGAGCCAAGCCAGCAACUACGCGCCUAGUCCUGCCAGCAACAAGUCUGCACGAAGUGCAUCUUCCUGGAAAGAUGGAUCAUUCCCAAUGAGUCAGCGAAGCUUUCCUCCCUCAUUCUGGAACAGUGCAUAUCAGCCAUCAGUCACUGCGUCUCUGAGCAGCGCUCUCGGGGCAUCUCAUGCCGAGCUUCCUUUCCCAGCCGACCCCUAUUCCACAGCCUCUCUGCACGGCCAUCUCCACCAGGCCACAACGGAGCCCUGGCACCCAACCCACCCCCAUCACCACCCUCCGUACUCGCUCGGGGGUGCCAUUGGCACGCAGGGUUCCACUUACCCCCGGCCCUCCGUGCACGACAUGUAUGGGACACACUUUGACCCACGCUAUGGAUCCCUGCUGGUACCCUCAGUGCGGCCACACAGGCUUCCCCCCACCACAGUGCCCGUUCCUGGACCCUCGCCCUGUGACAUUGGCAAGAGUGAGCCAGCCAGCUCUUCCUGGACUGGAGCCUUCCCAGGGACAGGCUCCGAUAUGGGCCAGGGCCUCGGCCUGAACGUAGACGCAGGUCUGCAGAGCCAGGAUAAGAGCAAGGACUUAUACUGGUUUUAGAGGCCCACUGCCUCUCCACCCUCCGCUGACCUCUGUCUCUCUCUGCCUUGUAGGCGGCCGCAGGCUUUUCCGUAACAGAUUCUGAUCUCACUUGCAGCUCGGCGCUACGCACUCUGCAGUGGGAGCAUCCUGAGUUGAAAUCGUCCUGCCGUGGAUAACUGCCCCCCCUACCCCGCAGGCCCCCAGAGAGUCCUGUACCAAGACCCUCUAAGCUAACGCGGAGGGGAAACAGGGCCCAGUGACACUAGUGGAACAGCCAUCCAGAAAUACACGGUGGUGUGACCGGCAGCUGUUCUCUCACUCACUCGCUGUCUCUCAGUCUCUCUCUCCUUCACACCAGCCUCAAAGCUCUCAGCCCCUCCUGAGCAAACUCAUGUCCAAAAGGAAACAAAAUGAACAAGCACUUCUUUUGAGGACGCAUGAGCGCCAAACUACAGAAGUGAGUGGAUGUCCUUCACAAGAGGAACCAUGAGUGAGAGCGGAAUCAGUAUUAUUGCAGGUUUCUUUUUUAUUAGAAAUUAGAGACUGAUGAGAGAGCAGCAUUCCCCUAUCCUGACAGAAGAGACCAGAGGCUAUUUGAAGCCACUUGACUCUAUAUUGCUCUCGACAGCUGUCAUCGACAACUGUUUUGCAACUCAGCAGACACACACACACACAAUGGCAGUGCCGCUGUCCACUGUUUGACCAAGCAAGGGAUUUCAUAAAAGGAGUAUUUUGUCAAAUCCAAACCCCCACUCACACAGGGAACAACUGGUUCAGUUUUUCUGAUUUGAGAAUGGGGGGGAUGGGAGGACGUGCCAGCAGAUGGACACACACCACCCAUUUCAACCGAAUGUGUCUCUGUAUAUACUGACUGUGUCCAAAUGUGACUAGUGCGAUAAGUCAGCUCAUUCAUUAUGAGUAACUGUGAACACAUGGCCAUGAAGGUCAUGAUCUUUUAAUGUAGGUUCUUGUUGACUUUCAAUCACCACUUGUUCAGUGUGAUGGAUUCUAAAGUUUUAUUUGAAUACAUUAAUAUAUUGCCUUGUAAAGUAUUUUUUCCUUGGUACUGCAUUAAGGAAAGUUAAGUGUUAUAUGUUUUAUCUGUGCUAUGUUUCUUCAUCCUAAAGGAAUGGAACAGUGUGAUUAAAUCUGCAAGUACACGUAAUUAUGCUGAAGCCUUUCAAUAUCUUGCAUUUACAAAGGCCUUCCUUCAGCAUCUGAAUAGAAUUGAGAAUCUUGACGCUUUUCAUAGUGAAUUCAUCUCGUAUGUUAUUUUCAUAUACUGAUAGCACUUAAAGAACGUGAAUCAAGCACCUGCUCUGACAGAGUUGGACGUAUAUUCGUCUGUACACAGUCGCCUCUACGUGUGGCAAGGACAUGAACACAUAUCCAAAUAUCUAUAUAAGCGCAAUCGAAUCCAUACGCGCUAUGUGCAAAAGGAUUUGGGUGUGAUUAUUAAUUAGUGUUACUUGUUACAUGUUGUUACACUGACUCAAAAAUUGUGUCAUAAAAAAAACAACCGUAUUUUACUUUAUUCGGCGUUCUCUCCACGUACUUUCCAAAACGCCAGUUCCAAGAUGUCAGUAUUGUAGCGCAGCAGUCUUUGUGUGCAUACGUAAAUAUGGCUCAGUGAUUCCAGCCUUCCACUCCUUGAAGGAGCUCCUCAAGUAAAUAAUUACCCUUCGCCUUUA